ACACAAGACCAGCUCGCAAUUCAAACGUCUCUCCUUUUCUGGGCACCGCGAAGGCGCCUCUUAUGCGACUCAUCGCCAUAUUGAGAGGCAAGUACUAAUGACGUCCACGUCGCUUCUUCGCAAGAAAUUAGGGGCUCGAAGUUGGGUAUGACAGAGCGUCCUUGCGGACCACUGCGGGGAAUGUCCACGCCGACAGCUUCAGGGAGUCGAGGAACAACACGGAGUGGAAAGGGGGAGGCGUGGGAGAGGGUCGGGGAUGCAAGAAACAGCCUCCUCCAGCCGAGAGAUUCGAGGGGAAACGGAAGAGGAAUGGGUGUGGAGAGUCGAGGGGGCGGAGAAGAAAGAUGGUGGACGAUGGAAGGUCAGGGAGAGAACGAGAGAGCGUCUGGGCCCAAAAGUUGUCCACAAAGCGGCUCACUAAAGUUCCCCCUCGGACUUCAUCCUGCGACCAAGCAACAAUCAUCCUCCCAGCACGGUCGCUUGUCGACCUCCCCCCUUCAAGUGUUUUUGUAACUUUCUCUCAACCCUCGGUGGUUCCAAAUAUUUAUCUAUGGCGAAACUACCCAACCUCCGACGCCUCUUCGUGGAGGCGCGAUCGGAAUCAGAAGAGAACGAAUAUUCUCGAACGGCGGUAUGCUCCUUGAAUGAUUUGUCGAAAACCACUCGAACAAAUAUUAACUGACAUCCUU